AUGCUCGUCUCAAGCCUCGACGCCAAGGUCCGGCCACUGUCCAACACGAGCCUGGAAAAGUCCAGCCUGCUGGGCGCCGCGCGCAUCUACGUGAGCAAGGACUCGCUGCUGUCCCUGACGGGCACCCUCGAGAACGGGAGGCACUGCCUCGUCACGCGCCUGGAGAGCCCCGGCCAGAAGGAUGCCGAGGAGGACCAGGGCGAGAUCCAGCGUGAGGCCUCGCUGUGGAUCUUGCCCGAGAAGAACCUCAGUCCCAACGUCGUCAUGAUGACCCGCGCCUUUCAGGAGGCCACUGGCUUCAAGCUGGGCGAUCAUGUCCGCAUUACGCUCGCAGGCACUACGCCGGAUAUCGAAGAGGUUGUUGUCGAGGACGAAACUGGCGAGAAGGCAGAGUCUGGUCAGACCAGAAAGUAUCCUCUCGUCUGGGAGCCUGCCCUAAGUCUAUCACUCGAUCGCGCUGAACUGAUCUUCCCGGGCAUGAUCCUAGAAGGCGUAGCAAUCAACAAAGUGCGGCGGAAUUUCAAGGUUCUCUCCGUCAACUCACACGCCCACAGCGUCGCCCGCUUCAAAACUGAUACGUCCACCAUCCGUAUUCUCCAGCCCGGCGAAGAAGCUGGACCUGUAAUCGGCGAGCCCGGAGGUGACCUAGUUCUGACCGGCGUUCCUGGCUUUCCCGUACAAGUCAAGGUCAUCAACAGCUUCCUCAGGGGCUUUUGUCGUCCGUUCUACGCAAAGAAGGAACGCCAGUCAUGCGGAUUCAUUAUCCACGGUGGCCGCGGGACUGGAAAGACUUUUAUUAUGCAGCGAAUCGCCGCGACUAACUGGGGACGUGUACACUGGAUCAAGCCGUCGGACAAGCUCACGACUAUAAGAGAAGUAUUCAAACUCGCUCAAUCACAGCAACCGAGUAUUGUUCUCAUCGACGAGCUGGACGCCCUCAUCAACAAGGACCGUUCCAACCGCGACGCGGUCAUUGAGGCCAUCGGCGAGGAACUCGACAACCUUUCUGCCCUCGCCGCCGCUAACAAUGCUCUUCCCAAACUCAUGGUCAUUGCGACCUGCUUGGACUACUUCACCGACGUCCCUCCGAAACUACAAAAGCUCACUAGAUUCUGCAAGAACAUCGCCUUGCCUAUUCCACGGACUCUAGAGCGUCUUGAAAUCCUCAAGUUCGUCGAUCCGCCUAUCAAGGCUGAUGAGAAGGAACAGCUCCUCUUGAACAUGGCGGAGCGAACGCACGCGUUCAACCCCAACGAUAUUGGCAGGUUAGUUUCAAAUGCCAUGGAAAUAUUCGGCACCAGACUUGAUGAUGCCGGCGUCGAUGCUACAUUGGGCGAAGACCAUUAUCUUGUCAAAGCAGACAUGGAGAAGGCGCUGCGCAAUACUCGACCGACUGCCAUGAACGACAUCAACCUGAAUCCACCGACCAUCCACUGGCAAGAUAUUGGUGGCCAGCAAACGCUAAAGAAGGCCUUGACUCUCAUGGUCAAGUACACCAAGAACCCCGAGCGUUUCCUCCGACCCCCUGGCAAGGGCAUUCUCCUCUACGGCCCUCCCGGCUGCUCCAAAACUCUCUCCGCUCAAGCUACGGCCACUGAGUCAGGCUUCAAUUUCUUCGCAGUCAAGGGAGCUGAACUCCUUAAUAUGUACGUCGGCGAGUCCGAGCGUGCCGUCCGCACCCUCUUUGAACGUGCUCGCGCAGCUUCACCUUCCAUCAUCUUCUUUGACGAGAUCGAUUCAAUCGGCGGCCAGCGCACGGGAUCGGGUGGUACUGCGUCCCGCAACACCGGCGCCGUCAACAUGCUCACCACCCUGCUCACCGAAAUGGAUGGCUUCGAGACUCUCACAGGCGUGCUCGUCCUUGCCGCCACCAACCGCCCAGAGGCCAUCGACCCGGCUCUCAUGCGCCCAGGCCGCUUCGACCAGGUGCUAUACGUCGGUCCCCCCGACCAGGCAGCCCGCGAGACCAUCUUUACUGUGAACACGCGUGGCCUACCCAUAGCGGAGGACGUCGACAUAACAGAGCUGGCACGCCGUGCCGAGGGCCACUCAGGAGCCGAAAUCAAGGCCGCGUGUAACGACGCCUGCGUGAUAGCGCAAGGUUCUUUCGACGAUGAGGACGAGGGGCUUAGCAAACCUCAGGUCAAGAUGUCCGACUUAGAGGGAGCGUUAGAGCGGAUGCCGCGCAACAUUACGAAGCAUAUGAUUGAUGGAUACGAAAAGUGGUCAAAGCAGUUUAGAAAGCUUUAA